GCGGCGAAGUCGAGUCCCCAGCGGUGGUGGGCGUGGCCGCGGUGCCGGUUCUGUGUUCUUGCUGGGGCGGAAGAGCUGCCUGGCCCGUCUCGGUGUCAGUGGGGAUGUUCCUGUCAGAGGCAGGCGCGAGGCCGCGAGCAGGCGAAGCCAGCCCCUCAGACCGCAGGAAAUGGGUGGAAGUAUUUAAAGCAUGCGAUGAAGACAACAAAGGCUACCUAAGCCGAGAGGACUUUAAGGUUGCGAUUGUAAUGCUGUUUGGGUACAAACCCUCCAAGAUAGAAGCGGAUGCUGUGAUGUCUUCAGUAAAUCCCAACACUUCUGGUGUAUCACUUGAGGGGUUUUUGAAUGUCGUAAAGAGAAAGAAGGAAGCACAACUCUAUCGGAAUGAGAUAAGGCACAUCUUCACAGCUUUCGACGUGCACUAUCGUGGAUUUUUAACUCUAGAAGAUUUCAAGAGGGCGUUUAGUCAAGUGGCACCCAAGCUUCCGGCGAGGACAGUACUGGAGGUGUUCAGGGAGGCAGAUCAAGACUCAGAUGGUCACGUCAGCUUCCGAGACUUUGAAUACGCCAUGAACUAUGGGCAGGCAAAAUGAGCCGGACGCUUGAGAACUACUUUUGGCCAUUCCGAACAGAUAGGUGCAUUGUAAUGAAGGUCACACGGGCCUCAAUCUAGGAAGGGGUUGAAACUGUGUACUUGUGAGUAAACUCUUAGUUAUAGUUUUUGAAUGCUGAUAUUGGACCUAGAGGUGGGACUCUCCUUCCGUGUCUCUAGCAGCCCUGAGUCCAGCUGUAUUGCUGGCCCUGCCAAAACCCCUCAGUGGGUUUUGGGUUUUUCUCCGUUCUAGUCUUGUCAGCUCUCCUGCAGGUUGGAGGCUCUGCUCACUCCCCCGGGUCCCUCGCUCAUCAGGUCGGCCCGGGAAGGCUUAGCUUGGUUCUCCUGGUGGUGUCACUGCCAUUCACCAAUCACUUGCUCCAUCCUGGCUGAAGGCCGAGCUUACUGUGUGCAAGCAAUGAACAAGUGCUAGGAGAACAAAGGCUCUUAGAGGAUGUGCCUGGAGGACAGACCUGUGCCCAGGGCAUGGUGUACCGCACACAGGAAGAAGCAGCUUGGGCUAGGCAGCCAGCCACUCUUUAUACAGAGAAGGCCAGAAUGCAGCCGGGUUCUUAAUGGGUAAAGGGUGUGAUCUUUGGGUCCCCUUAGGAUAGCCUGGGCCUGAGCCUGGGCCUCUUGCUUCAGAGCAGCUAGCUAGAGAAGCUGGCCAGCAGCCCUCUGCUGCAUACUUCUGGUUCCAGGUAGUUUUGCAGUGCACCUGAAGCUUCCGCCAUCCUAAACUUAGAAGUCUCCACACCCCACCAUGCCCUGGGCGCCAGUGACUGCUUUCUUGGACCACAUCGAAGCACAGGAUACAGCACAGCAUCUAUUAAAAAUAAUUCUGAAAUACCGGUAUUGUCAUUGUAUUUCAUGACAUUAACAUUUCUGAAAUAAUUAAUGUAACUUAUAUUUUUAAAGUGUUAAACAUUAAAAGAUCAAGUGAAAAUAUAAAUUUGUAUAGCAAACAUUCAACAAGCUUUGUGCUCAUAUAAAUUAUUAGCAGAUAGCCUUAAGAAAAAUAAAGUUUUUAGCUAUGCUAAACCAGAGGAAUUUAAGGAGAUGGGACAGCUAAAUGUAAUUUGACUGAAAUGUAAUUUGGUCUCCUAAAUGGCCCUAGGGAACAUACGGUAGAGAUGAACCAAGCUUGGGCCUUCUCUGCUGCUUGUGAUGGUGUGAGAAACUGGGUGAGGGACAGAUAGGAUUUCUACUGUUUUCAUGAUUU